AUGAGCGACACAAAUGGCAAGGCACCCGUCCAUGGAAAUGAUGUGGCGGACCCAAUCAUCAAAGUCCAGCCGCCACGUCGAGAGGACCUGCAACCCAGCUAUGCCAGAGUCAUCCAGCCCGACGAUGCUGAUGCUGAUACCAAUGGAUGGUAUGGUUCCAUGAUCAACACUCUGGGUGGCUGUAUUGGUACCCUCGGCGCCAUUCCAUGCUGCAUUGUCUGUCCCAACCCUUACAAGCCAGUCAGCCAAGGAAAUGUUGGUCUCGUCACCAAGUUUGGUCGAUUUGCCCGUGCCGUGGACCCAGGUCUCGUCUACAUCAACCCUCUCUCCGAGCAGCUCGUGCAGGUGGACAUUAAGAUCCAAAUCGUCGAGGUGCCCAAGCAAGUCUGCAUGACCAAGGACAACGUCUCGCUGAACCUGACUUCGGUCAUUUACUACCGCAUCACCUCUCCCCACAAGGCCGCCUUUAGCAUCAGCAACAUUCGCCAGGCGCUCGUCGAACGCACACAGACGACGCUCCGCCACGUGGUCGGCGCACGCGUGCUCCAGGAUGUCAUUGAGCGGCGCGAGGAAAUCGCUCAGUCGAUUCGCGAAAUCAUCGAACAGACUGCGCUGGGCUGGGGCGUCGAAGUCGAAUCCAUGCUCGUCAAGGACAUCAUCUUCAGCCAGGAACUUCAGGACUCGCUUUCCAUGGCUGCCCAAUCCAAGCGCACAGGUGAGGCAAAGGUCAUUUCGGCUCGUGCUGAAGUUGAGGCUGCAAAGCUCAUGCGCCAAGCGGCUGAUAUCCUCUCCUCCGCCCCCGCCAUGCAAAUCCGCUACCUCGAAGCCAUGCAAGCCAUGGCCAAAUCCGCAAACAGCAAAGUCAUCUUCCUGCCCGCCCAAAACCAAACCGUGCAAAGCGCGCUCGCGCAAGCAGAUGCCCACGGCGAAGGCCCAAGUACCUAUCUGCCUCCACCACAGCCCUCGUCCUCGUCUUCUGGUACCAAUGCCUUGGGCGUGCCGCAGAGCGAUGCGGCGCGCGAGUAUGGCGGGAACAAUUUGGGCUUUCAGAGUGCGAUUAAUUCGCACGUUGUUGAGAAUAUGUAA